UGAAAAAAAAAAAAAGAAAGCCAACUUCAUAUUUAAAAAAAAACUUUUUGCUGCGUCCACAAAUUGCCGACCAAUAUCGUUGUAAGGAAGAAGCUACACGUGUUGCUACGUCUUAUAUGUUUUUCAGAGAGGGAAACCCCGAAUUCGCGUAGCCGUUCGAAGGAUUGACGAUUGUGUGAUUGUAUCAUUGAUCCGGCGCAUAAUUAACCCAACAGACUGGAAAUAAAAUGCAAACAAAAGUGUUUCGGCAUACGCUGAAAUGAUUUAAAAAAAGAAAAACAAUACAAGCAAAUUAACAAACAAAUAAAAUAAUUACAAAUGGAUUUUAUGUUUCAUAUAAUUAAGAUAUGUCAUCGUUUAAAUCGACAGAUAUACCGUAUUCUCGGUUAUGUCAAGAGCCAGAUGAAGAUCAUGAAUUUAUUAAUCUUGAAGAAUUGAAUCCGUGUCACUUGAAUGAACUUGAAGUAUUGAAUCAACCAAGUCCAUAUGAUAUACAAAAUCACAGUCUAAUUCACGGAUUGCAAACGGUAACCGGGAAUUUAGUUUCACAAAAUUCAGCACAAAAGGAUUAUGGACAACAUUGUAAUCAAAUAAUGUAUCAAACAAUUCCGCAGCAAACGCAGUAUGAACAUCAACUGCAACCAUCGGAUGAAACGAUCAUCAAUCAGCCAUACUCAUCGUUGAAUCAAGGUCUCUAUCACUAUUCACGAAAUUAUGACCAAAAUACUGAUCCACAACUACAUCUAUAUCAUACGCAAAUGUAUCCACAACAGCAGAUGCAAAACCAACUCUACUAUCAUAUCAAUUCACUAAAUAACUUCAAUGAAAAUCUCAACAGUGAAUCCACAUAUUGUACGGUACUUGGAAAUGGAACAUCUUACAGCGUCCCAACUUCAAACGAAGCACCGCCAAGCGAAACGCAUAGUACACAUAGUGCAGUUCAAUCAACUACGUUAACAAACACUUAUGUUUCGAAUUCGAGAAAACGGAAAGCCUAUUCCACAACAGAUGUUAGCGAUUAUGAAAGUGAUACGGAAGAUGAUGCAAAAUUGGCCAAAGCGAGCCAGAAUAAAAAGAAUCAUAGUGAAAUUGAGAAAAGACGUCGAAACAAAAUGAACAAUUACAUAACGGAGCUAUCUACGUUAGUGCCGAUGUGCCAUUCAAUGUCUAGAAAAUUAGAUAAGCUGACCGUUUUACGAAUGGCCGUUCAACAUAUGAAAACAGUACGCGGCUCUGUGCACUCAUACACUGAAGGUCUCUAUAAACCAACAUUUCUCUCCGACCAUGAACUAAAAAUGUUGAUACUAAAAGCUGCGGAUGGAUUUAUGUUUGUUGUCGGUUGCGAUCGUGGUAAAAUUUUGUAUAUGUCGGAAUCGGUUUCACAAGUUUUAAACUAUUCACAGCAAGAUUUAUUAGGUCAGAGUUGGUUUGAUAUUAUACAUCCGGAAGAUGUGGCAAAAAUUAAGGAGCAAUUAUCCUCUACUGAUCUCAGUCCGCGGGAAAAACUUAUUGACUCUAGAACAAUGCUUCCUUUGAAAACUGAUGUACUGCAAGAUUUGUCAUUAUUAUGCCCUGGUGCUAGACGCUCGUUUUUCUGUCGCAUGAAGUGCAAAUCAUCGGCCACAUCUAAAGAUAAUGUCACAAUGUUUACCAGAGAUAUUCAGAGAUGCAAAAAACAAACCAAUUCGGAUAAAAAAUAUAUUGUUAUUCAUUGCACGGGCCAUUUGAAAACAUGGACACAAUCAAAAAUUGGUUUAAAAGAACGUGAAUCAUACGGCGAUGGGUAUUCAUGUAAUUUAUCUUGUUUAGUAGCUGCUGGCCGAGCUCCACCAAACGUUCUUCAGAACGACACAUUGCCAACAUCAUCAACCAGCCAACAGAAGGAAGUGCUGAAGAAUUUACAAUUUUUAUCAAGGCACACGAUCGACGGAAAAUUCCUUUUUGUUGAUCAAAGAGCUACAUUGGUACUUGGAUUUUUACCACAGGAAUUACUGGGCACAAGCAUGUAUGAAUAUUAUCGAUAUGAAGAUAUACCAGCUUUAGCUGAAGCGCACAAAACCACCUUACAAUCAACCGAAAAGGUAGUUACAUCAGUUUAUCGGUUUCGAACAAAGAGAAACGAUUUCGUUUGCUUACGAAGUGUAUGGAAGACAUUCAAAAAUCCAUGGACCAAGGAAAUUGAAUCAAUGAUGGCAAAAAACUCCGUUCUUUUUGAUGUGAUACCCGAAAAUAUCAGUGGCAGCACAGUUAUGUCUUCGGAAACAAAUUUAUCCAAUGCUGCGACAAAUCAAAUUCCUGGGAAUUUUAAUUUUUCUAAUCAAAGUUGGUACACAACGAAUGGCCGCGAAAUGCAUUGGGUCAUUAAUACGCACGUCGAAGCAAUCAAAAUUGGUCGGCAAAUUGCCGAACAAGCAUUAGAUUCUCAUCGAAAAGUCGAGGAAUCUGUAGAAACCAGUUCAGAUACCGAGACUCGUAUACCAAGUACAAUAAAUCCAUUUCCAGUUGCAUCUACGCUAUUUAAAUAUAACGAAUAUCCAACCAACGAAUUAUCAAGUUCCACAUCAGUGCCAACUCGCAUCAAUGGGAUGAAAUCUCGAAUAAAUGGCAGCACUGCAUUAUCGAAUACCAGCCCAAAUGAGAAUUCUGACACCGAACUAGUUGGCAUGAUGUCAAAUUCCACAUUAUCUGAUACAUCGAAUAGUCAUCAAAUGGGAAACUCUGAAGGUAAUGAUGAAGCAGCCAUGGCUCUCAUAAUGAGUUUGCUUGAAGCUGAUGCUGGUCUAGGAGGUCCUGUUGGUAAGAUUUUUUCUUUUUUCAACGAUGACCUUCGAUGUCUUCAUGUUAACUUUCUUCGAUGUCUUCAUGUGAUCUAUAUCUACUUCCUAAGAUUACACGGGAUUACCCUGGCCUUUGCCGUAAUUGGAACUUGACGUUGUAUUUGGCUCACUGUAUAAAAUCAUAUACCUAUAAACUUUCUAUAUAUUUUAAUAGAAACAAAAAUUAAUUAUGAAAAUUGUCAAUAAAAUGUUAUAAGCUUGAAAAAAAUGCAAUUUGUUAAAUAAACAUA